UCCAUGAGCCCCGACGGCGACCUCGUGUUGGCGGGGGCCGGGCGGCUGCUGCAGCUAUGGCACAGGAGGGACGACAGGGGCGCCGUCGCAGAGCUACCCGAGCACCUGGGCGAGGCCAACGCCGUCACCUUCAACCAGGACGUGCCCGGCUGCUUCAUGGUGACGUGCGACAGGAACGUGGCCUUCAUGUGUUGGGGCAGCGCCGGCGGCGGCCCCCAGGUGCAGCCGGGCCAGCUCGUCACCAGGUGCCCCGGCAGGCUGCUGGACUCGGUGUACCUCCGCGGCACCACCAACGCCAUCUCCGUGUCAGACAAGGGGUUCGUCGUCCUUUGGUCGGACCCCCCGAUCUACGCCCCGAGCACCAAGGUGAGUCGGCGGGUGUACUGCAUCGACAAGGACGGGCUGACGGCGCUCGCCGAGGUGGACGGGUAGGUGCGCGCGAGGGACGCCCCGGCGGCGCACCAGGCGCACUCUCUCAGCAGGCCUGACGCCGCCGCCUCCCCCUGCAGCAUGGUGGU